ACACCAAGAGACUUCUCUCCUCAACCCAACCAAAACCCAACUCGCGACACCAUGGCCUGCUGUGUUUCCCAGUGCUGCAGGGUCCCCACCGGCCCCGCCACCACCAUCUGCUCCUCUGACAAAUUCUGCCGGUGUGGAGUCUGCCUGCCCAGCACCUGCCCCCAUGAGGUCAGCCUCCUCCAGCCCAUCUGCUGUGACAACUGCCCCCUACCCUGCUGUGAGCCUGACACCUAUGUGCCAACUGGCUGGCUGCUCAACUCUUCCUACCCCACCCCUGGGCUGAGUGGAAUCAACCUGACAACCAUCGUUCAGCCUGGCUGUGAAAGUCGCUGUGAGCCCUGCUGUUAAGUAGCCACGGCUUUGCACGGUCCUGUGAUGAGCUGCUCAACGUCUUACGCCUCAUCCGGGCUUCCACCCUCACUACUACCUACGUCCGUCUAAACCAAUCGUAUCUGCCAGGGCGGUGUUUUCGUGCAUGUGCCCGACUUCUUAAUCCUUCCUUCUCUCGAGGAGAGUUGGAGACCUUCUUUCUGUCUUUUAGGGUAUUUCACUGCUCUUUGAGAAAGAAUCUUUUUGACUCUUCCUUAAUAAACGUCAUUCUGGCUUAGCAAA